CGCGCCGUUUGUUUAUUUUUCGGAGUUUCUCUUCGCGGGCUUCGCGGCUAAAAUUUUAAAAUUUUGUUCUGUUUGUUGAUUUGCUAAAGCAAGAAGUUUCAUGUAAAUUUAAUGAUUUCUUUGCGUUUGAACGGUGAAAAAUGUGUGACCACGCGCUCCUGAUGGAGACGUUCGCCGAGCAUCGAAAGGUCCACGACCGUUUCCUCGAGAUGUUCGGAACGUUGUUCGAAACCGCUCAAAGCAUGAAACUGCUCGCCGCCGACAUCACCAGCAAUUACGACGCACUGUUCCUUCAACUGCGCAAGCAAACAUCCCCCGUGGUGGAACAACCGCCGCAGAAACGUCGCAAGGCCCAUUCGUUCGACUCACCGUCCACGACCCGCCCGAACGCCACCUCAACGGGCCGGUGCGUGGACGACGCCAUAGAUUCGUCCAUGGUGCGCAACAAAUCCGACCCGGAAGUGUCCACCUACUCGCUGCUCAACCAGGCCAUUGAUCUCCCGGACUCGGAGGAGUCCUUUUUCGCGCUGACCCAGAGUCCUCCUACGGUGCGGGAACCGCUCUCCCCACGGAGGGACCUGCUCGGCCAAGCCGAUAACGUCCCGAGCACUCCACCCAAGCUGGACUCGACGGAGAAGAAGCGCAAAAAGCAUAAUUUGUCGCUGGGCCGCUUCUCGACCAGCUUCCAGAUGUCACCGGAGACGAACAAACAGCUGCAGCAGCUGCCGGUGCGGCAAAAGAUGACCACUCCGAAGGUGAAGGUCGAACAGCAGGAAAAUUUGGCGCCCGUUGGCAAGUGGACGGCGAAAAAGAGCAGCACGGGCGUGGGACGGAGCGAGUCUUCUGCGGUGCUCAAGAGGACGCCGACGAGUACGGGCAAGGACAGCACCGGAUCGUUGCUGAAUCGCACAAGACUCCGCCAAACCAAGCUGCGCUUUCCGGACAACAAAUCCUCCGCAGCGGACGACGACGAGACGUACUUUGACGAAUUUGUCGUCCCAAGUCCAACGUCCUUCAGCGGGUCGCGCUUUUUCAAGAGCAUGCGCAAGAAGGAACAAUCCUCGCUCAUUGCAGCGGCCCCGUCGUCCUCCACCGCCACCACCUCCAAUAAUCCUGCCCAAAACGAAGACGACGACGUGUUCAAAAGUCCCGAGGCCAAACCCCGCAAAGCCGUGAAGCCCGCCGUCGAUUCCGACGAGGACAACUUUGACAUCGAUCAGACCUACUUUUCCGAGGCGGAAAAGGAUCUGAGUCGAGGGACGAAGGUCGUCCGGGUUAAGCAGGAACCGUCCAGCCAGAAGAAACUCACCAAAAGCAAGAUCCUAGCCUUGGACACCCCAGCGCUUGAGCAAGGCAUUCUGGACGCGAGCGGCGUCGAGAUCGUGAAGCCACCCUCGCAGGACAACGUCAUCACGAUCGAAGAAUCCCAACCGACCCGGAACGAUCUCUUCAUGGAAGCCAUCCGGGAGGAACAACGGCGCGAGCAAGCUUCGCGUAAAACCAUCCUGGACGCGAUGGGACCUCCCACGAUCCGCAAACCGCCGGAAUUCCGCAGUUCCCCCCUGCGAAAGUUCAACACCUUUGGAGGCGUCGGGCCGGUGGUGCCGAAACCGGCGCCACCACCGGAACGACGCUGCACCGAGUGCACCAAGCACACCCGCAUUCUGGAGUUGCGAGGGCUGACGCCGGACGAGAUCCGGACCAAGUUGGCGCGCAAUUGUCGCGGGUGUCGCCAGGCGCAGCUGCACGAGACGCCGCCCGGCUUCUGGAAUCCGGAGUUUUCGCCGACGCAGAGGAUUUGAGACGUGCGGAGAAAAUGAAAAUGUGCCAUCCUGCAAACAAAGUGCCUUAUCAGAAAUAAAAGGUAAGUGAAAUUACGGAGGCAUUUGAAAUCGUUGUUUGAGUCGCGCAAAUAUUGUUGAAUUCUUUUUAUAGUG